AUGCUUCUGGUGUCGGUCGAUAUUGGCACCGCCGCCUACACUGUCCGAAUCACUGAUUUGGCCAACAUUUGGGUCGAAAACCUGGACCGGAAGGCCAUCUUCAUGAGGGGGUGGAGCGAGAACACAAGUAUUGACCCGAGUGACACACCGGAGAAUAUGGCCAAAUUCCUUAGUAGCUUGAGAUCGGCCCUAGAUCCCACUCAACCGGGUCAUGAGCAGACUGCUCUCACCCUGUCACCAGGCUCUUCCACAGAAGCUGGUGAUGACGGCUUGACCCUCCUGGUUACUUGCCCGCUCCCAGGAUUUCAGCCCCUGAAGUGGCCGAUUCAUCUUAAGAAGUCUCCUCCAUCGGCUAUUGCUACUGACUUCGUCUUACCCCUGCUUGAGGCACAAUUCGCUAGAAAGCAAGAAGUGGAAGCGCUGUUACAGGAGUUGAGUCACAAAGAUACAGUCAUUACCAAGCUAGCCGAUAAGCUGGAAGCUACAGGGACUGGCCUGGAGCAUGUUUUCACGGCUCUUUCGGGGAAGAAGAAAGUGGCGAGAAUCGCCGCAGAAGAGAAAAUAAAGGGACUGGCCCCCUUUCGCAAACAUACUUGGAAAGAGAGUCUCAAAUCAUAUGACAACAACCCAACCAAUGUUGGUGAUCUUGCAAGGAAUGUGUUUGAUGGAGAAGGCCUGAACAAACGGUGUUUGAUACAGGUAGACGCUUCUCCAGCACUGGAUAAGUGGUGGCAUGAUUUCAAGGGCACGUCACAACUGGUGCAUCGUAGCAAACAGCAAAGAACGUCUUCUGCGAAAAGAUCGCCAUCACCAGCUACCAAAUCGACAAACGUGGAAGAAGAUGAUGACUUUCAAGUCCAACCCACACCUCCUCAUCUUCAGUCAAAAAACAAAAGCUCGCCUAUAGCCAUUGCUGAUGAUGCGUCAACAGAAGGUGAGGAGGAGCUGGCAGUGAAACCUCCACCACAGCCCAGUGCAAGGAACCCUGAAUCAUCACAAGAUACCAAGACAAAUGGCUUGCGGGCAACGACGGCACCAAUCUCAGUAGAUGAGGAUGAAACAGCAUCUGAGGCUAGUGAUGAUGAAAUGAGUACAACUCACGGCCCAUCUUCUUUUUUACCCGCGCCAGCUCCUUCCAAACCUAUCACCAAAGCAGGAGGCCUAGGGCGCAUCGGCGGCGCUGCGGCAAAAAUGCGUGCCAUGGAAGCAGCAGAAACUACCGAAAUGAAAGAGAACAUUGAGAACCAGACACCUACAAAGCCUCAUAUGCCAAAGAAACUGGGAGUUAUCGGAAAGAAACCUGACACUGGAGGCUCCAAAACGUCAAUAGUGGAUAGCACUGCAAAGCGAGGCCGCCCAGCUGAGCGUGAAGAGUCCCAGAAUGAGGAUCAGCUUAGAGAAACCUCACAGGAACGCGCUGAUCGAAGACGCGAAGAGUUGAAGAACGAGCUUCAGAGAAAAGCGGCAGCUGGCCCUGCCAAAAAGAAGAGGCGGUUCUAA